AUGAAGAAUCUCGGGGCUAAGAAGGCAGGAAUCGACGGGCUUAAAAGUAGCUACCCAAUCAGGAAUCGGGGACGGCGCUGCAGGAUGCAACUGUCUAAGGGUUUGAACAGUCUCCUCCGUAACGGGAGCCGGUCUGCUCGACUCCAAAGCUCUAGCUGCACGGCUAAGCUCACCCGCCCGUUCAAGCCGAAGACUAAGGCGGAUCCUGCGCGCCUGCACCUCCUCAGUGGUGGGCUCACCCGCGGCAGCCCCAUGCUCCCCCUCCUCAAACCGCUCCGCAAGAAGAUCCUCGUCUUCGUGGUGAUCGUCCAGCAGGCCCUCCCAAUCCCCGCUCUCGAAGCGGCGGCAUCGCUCCUUGAGGUUGCGCAGUCUAGCCUUGCCCCCCCGCACCAGUGCCCCAAGGAGAAGGAGAAGGAUGGCCCAUGCUCCCUCGUCGGUGUGAUCGGCCACUAUCCUCUUAAGCGAGUUACCAAGAAACGGUCAUCCCUUACCCCCCUUCCUGCAGUGCGCGUGUCUCCUUUUCACCUCCUUCGUUCUUACCCCUCCUUUUGCUUCCUCCCUUCACAGGACAUUGUCGUUUACGUCACCCCCGCCUCCCGCCCCCCUGUAUCCACCGGAUCCUCCGCCUACGAGGGCUCUAUGACGUUCCUCCUCAGCUCCGACUUUGUCGACGGUUUUCCCUCUGCCGCCUUGGCUGCCAAUGCAGUCCGUGCUGCUUUGAUGGCUCGCCCCGAGUAUCCGUGGAUGCGUGUGUACGUCCCUGCCCACACCACAGACGUCAGGGGGGACUUCCUUCGUAUUACACCUCCCUUGGGAGGUUGGGUCACGUACGGCCCCGAGCAGCUCGUGUUCCCCCUCACGGACUCCGACCGCUUCGCCCGCCUGGACGACCCGCCGGCGCACAUCAUCUCGGCGAUCAACCUCUUCUAUCGCGAGCACGACAUCCCCGCCACCGAGCGCUUCACACGCGAGCGCGUCACCUUCGACCACGACGAGCAGGGCAACGUUCGCUUCACCGUCACAAUGGACAAGUUGUGCCCUGCCGCCCUCGUUAUGAUGCGAGACUUUCGCAUCUAUCCUGAGGGGUUUGCUCGUCAAGAGUCCUCUUUCACCAGGAACCCGGUUCUCAGCAUCAUUCUCAAUGAGAAGCGUCAGUCUGCGUCUGACGGAUUUGUCCAGGUUCGGCCUAGGCCUUCUGCCGCGCGCGCUCGCCUUGUGAAGCUCUUUUCGGCGGUACAGUUCGUCUUCGACCGUUUGCUGGCCCGCGAGCGCGCCCGUGCUGCGGCUGCCCGCCGUGGCAAUGUGCCGUCCAUCGUGGAGCUCGCAGACGCAGGUGAAAAUCUCGUCCCUCAGGAACUACAAUCGCUACUCUGUGUCCCUACAAUCUUCAACCUUCCCUUCUCACUCGUUGCUCUCUACUUGUCAUAA